AUGUUUCAGCUGAUGAAGUUGCUUCCUUUAUUUUUGUUGGCCGUAACAUUAUUCCUUGUGUAUGGUUACACGACUGAAGACCUAGAGAAGUACGAAUUUCAAAAAUGCACUCAAGUUGUGCUGGAUAUGCUAAAUAACGAUUGCAUUUAUCCUGGUAAACAAUGGCCUUGCUUCUACAUGAGCCAGUUUAAUAUUAGUAAGUUUUACUGAAGAUAUUUUGUUAGUAGUUUUUUAAUUCAUGUUACUUUAGGUGACGGCCUAAUUCACCACAGCAGAAAAGUACUACAAUAUACUUACGUGAUCUGCCAGGAACCAUCAUUAGUCGUCAAUCUCGCUGAAAACUUUUGUUGUUUUACCAAAAAUUGUUUACAAAAAUGCUACCCACCUGAAUCAGAUUCCGAGCAAACAAUCUCAUAA